AUGGCGCCUAUGGUAUCUGGCAAGGAGAAGGAGUCGAACGUCGCUCGAUUCGCGGGUUCGGCUUCUGCCGGUAUUGCCGAAUUGGCCGUCUUCCAUCCUGUCGACACAAUUGCGAAGCGCCUGAUGAGCAACCAAACAAGGAUCGCAAGCUCCACGGAAUUGAACUCGGUCAUCUUUAAAGAUAUGGCCUCUGCGCCGUUCGCACGGAAAUUCUUCUCUUUGUUCCCUGGUCUCGGAUAUGCUGCCGGGUACAAGGUCUCGCAAAGAGUCUACAAGUAUGGUGGUCAGCCGAUUGCGCGCGACUGGCUAGCUACCCACUAUGGCAAGGACUUCGAGAGCGCAUUCGGCAAGAAGACGGGGAAGGCCAUCAUGCACUCAACAGCUGGAAGUUUGAUCGGUAUUGGUGAGAUCGUCCUACUACCGCUCGAUGUCCUCAAGAUCAAGCGUCAAACAAACCCCGAGGCGUUCCGCGGCCGUGGAAUCUUUAAGAUUAUUGCCGACGAGGGAUUCGGCCUGUACAGAGGAUGGGGAUGGACAGCUGCACGAAAUGCGCCUGGCUCCUUUGCGCUUUUCGGUGGUUCGGCGUUUACCAAAGAAUAUCUUUUCGCCCUCAGCGACUAUAACAAGGCAUCUUGGUUCCAGAACUUCGUCGCCUCCAUCGCCGGUGCCUCGGCGUCUCUUAUUGUCUCUGCCCCGCUAGACGUUAUCAAGACCCGUAUUCAAAACAAGAACUUCGAGAACCCCGAGAGUGGAAUGCGGAUUCUGUCUAACAUGGCGAAAAAUGAAGGCUUCUCCAGUUUCUUCAAGGGAUUGGUACCCAAGUUGCUCAUGACAGGGCCUAAGCUCGUCUUUUCAUUCUGGCUCGCCCAGACCCUUAUCCCCGCUUUCGACAACAUGUUGAAAUAAUUGAUAUUAGGAUAUGAAAAAACGGGUUGAAUGAGACAUGAAGGGAGAGGGGGCGAAAUGCGGCUCAAUCUGCAAUUGUACAAUAUAAAAAUGUCAGGGUAUGAGGAAUAUAGAAAGAAUCAUGUAUAUAAUAGGUAAAGCCGGCGUUUUCCAGGAAAUGUCCUCUCAAGGGCCUCGAUUAGAGAUUUGGCUGUACAGGUCUCCCUAUCUAGUCUAGAGAUGAUGAAGAAGCACUCGACUCAUAGCUAUAAUAGAGAGAUGUCAAUCGCAAAUGCUGUUCCAUGAAGGUCUAAUGAAAAGAGGAGUGUCUUCUGCUGAUGAGGGAUGCAAA